UCUACCCAGCAGGAAUUUAUAUUGGUCACAUGAUCUCAGCUUCGUAUAAUGUGUGUUAACUUUUCGUCACAACACGAUGACUUACACGGAAAAACUUAUCUCAUUCCACAUCAUCGAAAGAGAAAACAAUAAAAACUUCCACACGUGGACGUACCCAACAAUAACAGACGACCAUAAAAACUACAUCUUGCAGAAAUGUUUUUGCAGGAAUGACACACUCCGGUACACGUGCAGGCGGAAUAGUAACACCUGGUUUUACAUUUGCGAGGUGUCUGAAAAAUCUUUCGCUGUUGUAAUCCUGGCCAAGGAAUUUGAACCAAACAAGUACAAAGUUUUAUGUGAUAUUUUAGCCAAGAAAUAUUCGGAAACUCGAAAUCCUGUAGAUCUGGUUGCUUUAUAUUUGAAUUUGUAUACAUCAGGUGGUUUACAUGACAAUGGAACUUUGUUUGCAGGUUUCAAAAAGUUUGAAUGUGCUACCAACAUAAAAGAGUUGAUACGGUCGUUCGAUGUGGAGAUUAUUUUGUUGUAUAACGCGAUUUUGUUGAAGAGGCGGGUGGUUGCGUUCCGAGGUAGCCCGAGUGGACUUUUAGAUGAUUUAUGGGCAAUCGCCCACCUCGUCCCAUGUAGAAAGGUAGAAGAGUAUCUACACCCCGUCGUUGAAAAUUUAAGUCAGUUAAAAGGUCUUUCUUUUUUUGUGGCUGGCACCACUGAUCGGGAGUUCGCAAAACACGAACAUUUGUAUGACAUUUUUGUCGAUUUGGAUAGCAAAGAAAUUAAAAUAUCCCCUAAAGCAGAGGAAAUAAUGGGGAUGACCAAAACUCAUAAAGAAAUUGCAACCUUUCUCGUAAAAUUAUCUACCAGUGAUUCUUCUGAAGCAGAAAUAAACGUCCAAAUCCUCCAGAAAACCAAAGAACUCAUACAUAUUUUACAAAACCUUGCUUCAGUUACCACAGAAAACAAUACCAAGAUGAUUACCAUAAAUGAAUUAAAAUCAAAAAAGUUCCAUCCCAACUUGGAGAAUUUUUUGUUCAAUCUGGCUUUAGCCGAAAACAUGAUGAUUCUGUAAUAAUGACCAGACUUUUGUAAAAACAUAAUAAACGAUUUAACUGUU